AUGUCGCAUACAAGAUAUGUUUCAACAAUUGAUAUUAAUGAUGAUGAUGAUGAUGAUGACACUGUUGCUAUUAGAAGUCAACAAGUUAAUGUUAAUUUAGAAUUAGGACAAAUUCGAGAUGUUGGACACACAACUUACAUUCGUUCUACAUAUGCAGGUCGUUAUAAUUUUGCUGUUAAACAAUAUAAUCACUAUGAUACAGAAAAUGUUAAUAAAAAGCGAUAUAUGCGUGGUGGUCGAUUGUUUCUGUAUGGUAUUAUUGUACUUAUACUUUUCAUUGUAUCUAUUCUAUUAAUUAAUCAAGCAAAAUCUAAUAAAGCUUUAAUAGCUAUACCUAUUAUUAUUUCAAUAAUUUAUUUAUUUAUAACAUCUUAUAAUUGGCAUAUUCAUCGAACAAAUGCUUCUCUUAUUCAUGAUAAUAUGAUUAAAGUUCAAGAUAAAUAUUUAUCUGGUUCAAUAAACGAACAUUUUAAAAUUCCUGUUCAUGCACGUAUUCAAAAUCGAGAAUUAAUUGCAGCAACUGAUGGAACAACUAUAGCAGUAUUAGCUCGAUUACAACAACGAUAUCAAAAUUUAACUGAAAUUGAUAUAAUGCUAUAUAAAAAUAUAUAUCUUACAAAAUACGCCUGUUUUCCAUCAGAAACUAUUUUACAUUUUUUAUUAUUUUUGGGAAUAUUAAUUGCAUCAUUUACAAUCCUCACUGGAAAACAAUAA